AUGCUUUGUCGCCUCUUCAUUGCUGCGAUCGCAACGUCCGUGGCGGUGGCCUCGGUGAGCCCCCAGUGGGUCGACUGCCCCGUCUUCUCCGCAGGUCAAAACACCACCUUCACGAUGGACGGCAUCACGAUUCGCGCCGAGUGCGCCGACGUGCAAGUGCCGGUCUGCUAUUUGGGUGUCUGCAACAGCACCGCGACCAUGUCGGUCUUUCUCAAGCGGUAUCCGGCCUCGGCACCAACGUCGCCGGCAAAGUCAGCGUGGCUUCUCCAGGGCGGCCCCGGGAUCCCGUCCAACGCAAUGGAGGAUUACAUGACACUUCUCUAUGCGGCAGCAAACGGCUCGACAAGCUUCUACACGAUGGACCAUCGCGGUGUUGGUCGCAGCUCCGCCCUCGUGGAGCAGUGCAAGGCGGACGCGACAUUGAAGCUAAAUGGCACGAACGAGACCUCCAACCAAUGGCUCUCCGACUGUUUUGCCGUGCUCAAGGCCAAAUACGGUGCAUUGUCAUACGCCUUCUCCGUCACAAGCGCGGCGACGGACCUCGCGACGAUAAUCGAGAGUCCGUUUCUCGCCGACGACGACGUUUACGUCUACGGCAUAAGCUACGGCACGUACUUGGUCGAGCGCUUGAUGCACCUCGCGCCCAAGCACGUCAAGGGCUAUAUUCUCGACGGUAUUGUCAGCGAGAGCCCCGUGACUGCGCUGAGCGACCGAAACAAGGACAUCGCGACCGUUGAAACCAAACUCUACGAUCUUUGCGACCAGGACCCGCUCUGCGCGUCCAAGAUUGGCCCCAAUGCCAAGCAGUUUACAUUCGACUUGUUCAAGAAGCUCGAUGCCAACGACACGGAGUGUGCCCAAAAGGUGUACGCGGCCAAAGGGCGACCGUCCGACUUUUUGGGGCCCCUCUUUUCGAGCUUGGCGCAAGGGUAUUACGGGAUCAACUUGAUUCCUGCCAUUGUCUACCGCCUCAGCAAGUGCGUCACCGAGUACACGAGCGAGUCGGCUUUUCUCGACCGGCUCCUUACCGAUCGCUCCGAGGAUUCUGAUGGGGACGACAUCGUAUACUACAACAUUGUCAGCACCGAGCUCACCAAGCUGCCGUUGCCCAACGUCACGUCGCUCGUUCAAGAUGCGCUGGCGACGACGUGGCGCGGUAGCACGAACGAUUCGCCUGCUGCAGUAAGUAUGUACUGUCUCUUUACGGGCAACAGCGACAAGGAGCUCUGCCGCGACGCGCCGCCAUUCAAGAACUCGUUCUUCUACACGCGCGACCAGUAUUGGGACAAGACGGCCGCUGUUCCUGCUGGUGCCAGCGUCCUCAUGCUCUCCGGUGGCCUUGAUGCGCAGACGAUUCCCAAGUACGCCAAGCAAGAAUUUGCAUCCAUGGCAGGUGCCAACAAGCUCCUCGUGGACUUUGCAUAUGGCGGGCACGGCUCGAUUCACACGACGCCGACGGAUCUCACGGACCUCUCGAAACACUGUGGCCAGCAAGUCGUCAGCAUGUACUUGCAGCUGAACGGUGACCUCCAGAAGCUCGACACAUCGUGCGUCAAGAACGUUCUGCCGCCGCAGUUUUCGAACAUUCUCGUUCCGUUCGUGGGCGAGCAGUACUUUGGCAACUCGACCGACAUGUACGGCGACGAAGCGCCAACGCCGGUGCCGAGCGUAGUCGCCACGGUCGACAAGCCGCGGGCCGUUCCAGUUGCGGUGCAGAGCGCGGUGGCCACGGUGGACGCCAACUUCAAGAUCGAGAUGGUGGCGAUGGUGUCGGUCAUGGUGGCUUGUGUCCUCGCGGUUAUGGGCAUGGCUUUGUACGUCAAGAAGUUGCAGCGCGCCACGACGACGGCAGCUGCGAACGCGGGCAUCGACGACGCUGUCGUGGACGAAAAGGCUCCGGAAGCGGCCAAGAGUGAGGUCGUUUAGACUUCCCUAAGACAGUACUACGACCAGUUC